UAAACCUCUUUCGGUAUUUACAUGUGGACGCUGCAUUGACUUUCUAAAACAGGCAUGUGCUGACACUGUAGAGGUGAACAUUAGUUUAAUGUUAUAUUAUUUUGCAAUAUAAGUAAAACAACGUUUAAAUUAUUUGACGGGAGUUGGAGGGAAACUCAUUGUCGAAGGGGAACACGUUAUGUUGCGUUCACUAGAUUUUGGUCUGGUGUAGCGUGAUGAUGGCUGCCUCAGUGCUGUGUCAGCGAUUGCCCAGGUUACGCUACUUUCAAGGAUGGAGAAAGAAUUUUACCCACGCUCAAAACCUCAGUGGAAAAACUGAGGAGGAGACUGAUGAGCAGGAGACAAGGAAGGGGACAGUUCAGGGCCAGGAAGCCUCACCCCUGGGAGAAUACAAGCUGUAUUGCAGCCCGUCUUCAUAUCAUCACUUUGUUCCGAAUUCUGCAACUUUGCCAAGCCAAACAGAUAAUGAUGAGGACGAACGGUGUUCCUCAACUCUUGUACCUUCCUUCUGGCAACAGAGCAAUCGGUACAGUCUUAGUUGCUCGCGGCACCUUUCCAGUUCAAACAACACACUCCUUGACUUGGCGUUCAACAAAAGUCCUGAACCAGAGAUCCCCUCAGUGUCAUCAUACUACAAAAAACCCAUAUCUCCAGAUGUCAAAGUACAUCCACGUGGUUUCCACAAAUGCCGGCCAGAGUAUGCUGACAUGGCUCUUGACCUUUCCCAGCGGCCUCACCUAAUGGAAUGGGAGCAGGCCAACUCACUGCUCCAAAAAGUUGCUAUUUUAAAGGGCAGUAUGAAGCCAUCUGAUGUGUCUCAUUUUCUUUUGGAACUCAGCCGCUUACACCCAGACGUGAUGCCAUUACUGUGGCGUAACCAACGCUUCACCAUGCUUCUCCGAUAUUCUGUGGAAAACCUACGCCUCUUCACUGAUAUGCAGCUGCUGGGAGUGCUGCAGUCCUUUGUGUGGCUCGAUAUGCCAUCUGUCCAUCCUGUGCUUGGGCUGUAUGAGACCGAGCUGAGCCGCCGGGCCAAACAGAUGACCUUACACCAGUUGCUAUUAGCUGCUGAUUUGUGGGGCUGUAUUGGGAGGAAGGUACCCCAGUUCUUGCAGCACCUAUAUGAGGUAGUCCAUCUACAUUUAGGACAGGUGGGGCCCCCUGAAUUAGUUCAGCUGUUGUAUAUAAUGGGAGAAGGUAGACAUUGUCCAGUAGACGUAAUCCAUCCUGUACAGCAGCUUCUCAUGCGCCAUUUAAAAAAACUUUACCCUGAAGAAAUUGGAAUUGUAUGCUUGGGGCUCUUUAAAUCUCAAUCCUCAAUAUCUCAGAAUGCAUUGACAUGCAUUGUUGAUAAGGCACACUCUCUUGUGAAAGAAAUGAGUGACUUUGCCAUUGUGAAUGUGCUGAAAAUCCUACGUUUCAGUUACCUGUAUCACAGAGCAUGGAUGGAGGCCAUGUUAACAGAAGUUCCUCGACGGGCUCCCACUAUGGGUGUCCAGGGACUGAUGCAUGUGGCAUUGACCUGUUCGGCAUUGCAUUAUCGUAGUGAUAGCAUCCUCACUGCUGUUGCUGAAAGAGUGCCCUCACUAGUGCCACACUGUAGGAGUAAAGACUCAUGCAAACUGCUAUGGGCCUUCGGCACAUUUACUUUUCUCCCAGUUCAGAGUCCAAGCCUCUAUACAAGCCUGACAGAAGGCUUGAGACAGAGAAAAGCAGAGUUUCAACAAUACCCUGAACAUCUACUUACUGGUCUACUAGGACUUGCCUUUGUCUCACAGUUCCCUGAAGACUUAAUUUCAUUAGCUUUGAGCCCCGAGUUUAUCCAGCUAGCGCUGAAGUCAUCACAGCUGGAGCUGAGAAGAGACUGGCUCACUUUAGAUGGAGCUGUGGCUCUGGAGUUGCCUCACUGGACUGGGCCGCGGCUAAGCCUCGAAAUGAAGGAGGAGAUUGCUGAGCAGUUGUGGAAGUUUGUGCAGUCAGAUAUUUGCCACAAAAUUGAGAUUCAGGAGGCAGAAUCUGCUCUGCAAGAUCUUCUUGGAGGAGAGCAAUUUGUAUGUAAGAGAAUGAUUCUGCCCCACUGUCGCACCAUUGACCUGGAAGUACAUCUUGACUCCACUGGGCAGCCAGUAGCUGUUAACCCAACAUCCCACACAACCACAUUAUGCCCUAAGAACAGUUCACACAAACCAACUUUUAACCAAGGUUGGGGGAAAAUAGAUAAAGGAGUGAUUAUAACUGAGGAACUUAUAGCACAACUAACAAACUCUAAAAGUGCCUCAGAAUCUUCCUCUCCUAAGCCUAUAUCUAUCUGUGGAGGAAAGCCUGAUGAAAAGAGAAUGAUUGGCACAGGGCUUGAUCUAACAAGUGACCUUAUAGAAACUCUUACUAAACACAGCAGCUCAGAUUUGGUCCCACACGAUAACACAGGCGUAGUCAAACUUGCAAUUCAGGUCUCAAGCAGGAAUCACUAUUGCUGCCAUUCACAGCAGCUUUUGGGUCUUCAUGCCAUGAAGAGACGUCAUUUGAAGUUGGCUGGUUACAGGGUUGUAGAGAUUACCCCUCAUGAGUGGUUUCCCUUGCUGAGGAAAAGCAGGACUGAGAAGCUGGCGUACCUGCACUGCAAAGUCUAUGAUUAUCUGUAACAACUGUCUGACCCCCCCAGAGCCAAAAGAAAACACAAACUAUGAAGACACUAUGGCUUCUGGGAGUGACUUAUUUUGUUUGUGUAAAACACAGGACAUGUUUGGUCCAAUGUUGCUUUAUCUCCACAAACCACCGCCUUUUGUACAUAUUUGGGAUUCAGUCAAAUUGUGACAUCUUUUUGUUUAAAAAAAGAAAAUAAAUAAAAACAAGUUUUCAAAAA